AUGGCUCUACAAUACGGAGGAGUCCAAAGAGACUUCAAAGAACGAUUUUCUGACAAUUAUAACAGAUGGCUCGACAAUAGAUUCGAAAAAGAUGAUGAAGAAGUUGACAAAUCAAAGCAUCUUUCUCCAGGAAUCCUGGAGAAGGAGACGACGGCUGAGCAAGAUCGUCUUGAAACCGAUUCUUCACUUCCGGACGAUACCAUCUUCGGUUUUGAGAACGAGAUAAAGUCAAUGAAGAACUUCUUGCUGGAUCGAAAGGUCUACAAGGAGUUCAAGACUCUUGUGAUUGUCGGAGAAUACGGUGUUGGAAAGACAGCAUUAUGCAAGAAGAUCUUCAACGAUGAUGAUGUGAAGAGUGUUUAUGCUCCGAGGAUUUGGGUUUCUAUGCAUAGCCAAGAGACACAGGCAAGAGAGGAGGACAAGAAGAUAUCUGUGUUGAAGAGGAUCUUGAAGGAUCUUGGCGUUGAAAAUGAGAUGCUCAAAACCAUCCGUGAAGAGACUGAACAAGAAGUUGCAACCAAGAAGGAAAAAGGAGAGACUGAUACAGAGACUGUUACAGACAAGGAGAUCUCUGCUCUGCUCUAUGCACUUCGUUUGAAUCUGAGGUUUAAGAAGUAUCUGAUUGUGUUUGAUGAUGUGCGAGAAGAAGACGAUUGGAACGAGAUUCUUGAGGAUGAUGAGAAGAAACUCAAGGAGGAUGAGAGAUGCGGAAAGUAUCUUUCAGAUGGAUUCCCUAAAGGUUCUGGUGGGAGAGUCAUAUACACGACAAGGGAUGUGAAGUUGGCGAAGAAGCUAGUAGCAGAGGAACAUGAGAUACAUCGUCUUUGGCCUCUGACUGAUUUAAAAAGUGUUUGGGAUAUAUAUGAAGCAGCGCUCAAAGAGAAUAAGCAGAAAGAGCCUCCAAGGAAUGACACGAAAUGCAUAGAUGAGCUAAUGAACAAGUCUCGAGGUCUUCCUCUAGCUAUUAAACUGAUGGCCACACUUCUUCCUGUGUUUCUUAACGAUGAAAAGGUUGCGGAAGACGGUUCUGCCAAUGGAGGAACCGAUAACCUACACGCUUCAGAAGAAGAUAGAAGAACUACACCUCUGCAGACUCGAGAAGAUUGA